AUGGAAAACACUCUACAAGACGUAUUUGAUGUAUUCGCAGACCACACUGUGCCAAACUCCAUCAGACGGGAGAACGUUCUGCCCAUGCUCCAGGCACUCGGAUAUAUCGUGCUCAGCGAAGACGUAGACAACGCUCUUCCCCUGGGAAAGGAUCUCUUCACUUUUUCAGAAAUACAGGAAAUUCUAUCUAAUGACGCCUUUUCUUCCAUAUCCAAAGAGGACGUGGCAAAAGCCUUCGAAGUUUUUGACAGCAAAAAGACGGGGAAAAUGAGCGUAAGCGCGCUCAAGAGCAUACUGCAGACAGGGCCCUACAGGCUGGACCAAGAGGAGAUCGAUGCGUGUCUGGACAUCCUAAACCCCAGCCCAGAAGGCGUGAUUGAGUACAUAAAAAACACAAGCCUUUCGAGCCUUUAA